UCUCUAGGCACUCUAAGCGGCUCUACCGAAAAAUCGAUCGUCAAACCCGGACCACGAAGAGGGCCUGAUAGCCCACUGCUCGCGCUCGAUUACUCUGGUCUGGACAGACACCAGCGUUGUUUCUUUAAGGAACUGAGUCCAGUUAGUCAGUUGUCAACAGGCUGAGCGACAAAACGAGCAGUCCAAACAACUUAGUACGUGGAGCUGAUAACACAAGCGUUACCGUGCGUUACUGUAUUGGGGAAAAGCCUCUUUUCCGACGCUCAGUUUUGUUCGGCGUAUCCAGACAAAAAUGAAGUUUCCUGGACACGAAGCUCCCUGAGCACCACGGACAUGUGAAACUUGACUCUGCAGUAGGCAGAUGCAAGUCCCAGGCUGGAUUGAAUGGCACUGAGGAUACAAGACUGGGAGUACUGCAAUGACCAGCCAGCACCUUAGCCAUGCAGAGAGCGCUCAUUCUACAGACAAACAGCCACCUGCCGUGGCCCCCAAGCUCCAUGUCCAGCGAUCCCUGUCAAAGGAGACCAUCACCAUCCACUUCUCAGCUCUUGGGAAGGAGGAAGAGGAGGAGGAAGAAGAGCUGUACAAGGCAACUGUUUCCCCUACCUCAGCCACUCAGGAUGACUCGCAUAUUGUGACAGGCUUAGAGGCAAGUGAGGAAAUGUUUGAAGGGGCGCAGUUGUACUCUGCAGCUGAGGCUGCUGUCAUGCCUGAAUCCACUAGACUUUCUCCCAUUUCUAAACGUCACACCAACAAUUCUCCCACACAAACACCGUCAUUGCGUAUUGCUGAGCAUAAAGGCUCAAGUUCUAAUUCCUCUCCCACUAAAUCAUUGAGCUUUCCCUCCAGUGACAAACCCUUCUUCAGCUUGGUGAAGUCUCUCUCCUCUGACAUUGAGUCACGUGAAGGGGUCUCUUCUAUUACUGCUCCGACAAUAAGACAUAGGCAUCUGAUGAAGUCUCUGGUCAAAUCCUUAUCUUCAGAUACAUCCCAGGACCCAUCCUCCUCCUCCACGCCCUACCGUCUUCCAGAACCCCGCCUUAACCUGCAACUUUUCAAGCAAUUCACACAGUCCCGGAUGUCAACUGCCACCACAUCAUCAGCUGGUGAUUCAAAAACUGCCCCUUCCUCUCCAUUAACCUCACCAGACAACCGAAGCUUCUUCAAAGUUUCUGAAGUCGAGGCACGAAUUGAAGACACUAAGCGCCGUCUCUCUGAGGUCAUCUAUGAACCACUACAACUUCUGAGUAAGAUUAUGGAUGAAAAGAGCAGCAGCAGCAUUUACCGACCCAAGGCCCUAUCUGCCAGCGCCUCAGAGCUCUCUGACACUACUUCUAUCAAUGGUCACAUGGAGAGCAACAACAAUUACUGCAUCAAAGAGGAAGAAGGAGGUGAGUGGGAGGCUGACAGCCCCAACAGUGAGGCCUCUGGUCCAGCUGAAGCACUUGCUCCCCCCUCUGUUGACACUAAGAGCCCCAACAAAUCGUCUUUACUUUCCAUGUCAAUGGAAAAGUGCACCAUGUCCGCUCUUGCAAAACAGGAGGAUGAGGACUUUUGCAUCCUGUACAGCGAGGACUUUGAGACUUGCACUGACACUGAAGGUUAUGGUGGUGACAGAACUGAUGAUACUGGAACUGGUCAAACUAGAGUACCGCUAAGUGAUAGUACAGAACCAUGCAGUGAAUAUGAAUCGGAAAGUAUUGAGCCGGCACCUAGUGUUCCACACUACACUCUGAUUGUCCUCACUGUACUGGUAUAUGGGUAUUUUGUAUUACCUUUGCCCAGCUACAUUGGAGGGAUGCUGCUUGGGAUUGGGCUGGGAUUCUUUUUAGCCAUUGGUGUUGUAUGGCUGACAGGACCAAAACCUUCAGGUCGUAGUUUUAGACAUUCCAGACACCAUGGGAAGCUGUGGAAUCUGACAAAGUUGGACAUUAAAGAACCGGAAAUCUUUAAGGGCUGGAUGAAUGAGAUAUCGAACUACGACCCAGAGACAUACCAUGCCACACUGACACACUCUGUGUAUGUCCGGUUGGAGGGCUCCACCAUUCGUCUUUCUAAACCCAACCACAACGUCCCCCGUCGUGCCACACACAAUGAACCAAAACCUGAUGUCACCUACAUCAGUCAGAAGAUCUAUGAUCUCACCAACAGCAAAGUAUAUCUAGCGCCUCAGAGUUUGGCCAGGAAACGUAUAUGGAACAAAAAAUACCCCAUCUGCAUUGAACUUGGCAAACAGGAUGACUUCAUGUCAAAGGCUGAGGGUGACAGGUGGGAGGCCGGUGACAGCUGGACCGCAAGGGACAGAGGAGAGGGGACAGGAGGAGCGCAGGAGAGGGCUUGGUCAUCCUCCUCAAGUAGAGAUCUGACCCUCUAUCUGUUUGGAAGGACUGGGAGGGAGAAGGAGGAGUGGUUUCAGCGGUUUCUUUCAGCUUCCAAGCUCAAGGCAGAUUUGAAGAAAGCUUCCAGUGUUGUGGGGAGUAAGAGCGCUAUGAGCUCUCACAGUCGCAGCAGCAGCCGCAGCAGUCUGGAUGAGGCACUGGGAUCUCAGCCCAGGUCAAAGGAUUCCUCAAUCUCCUCAACAGCAGGCAGUGCCAAAGCUAAGCCAUUCUUGGAAUACAGUGUCUACAUGGCCUCCAUACUGCCAAAACAGGUGGCAGUCAGCCCUGCAGCUGCCAGCCCUGUUCUCCAGAGUCCACAGAGCAGCCCUGGAGCUGACAAGAAGCUUCAGAGCACCACCUCAGCUCAGUCGCAGCUCGGAGAGGAGGAGGAGGAGGAUCCUGUUGCCUGGGUGAAUGCAGCUCUUGGCCGGGUCUUCUGGGACUUCCUGAGUGAGCCCUACUGGGCUGAACUGGUCUCCAAGAAGAUUCAGAUGAAGCUCAGCAAGAUACGGUUGCCUUACUUCAUGAAUGAGCUAACCCUGACAGAACUGGACAUGGGCGUGGUCACUCCCAGAAUCCUUGGCGCAUCCAAACCUUCCAUUGACUACCAAGGUCUGUGGUUUGACCUGGAGAUUUCCUACAGUGGCUCCUUCCUGAUGACCCUGGAGACCAAGAUGAACCUCAUUCGCCUGGGCAAGGAGGGAGAAAACCUCCGCUUAGGAGAGUUUGGCAAAGAUGGAUACAGGCCUCGGACUUACUGCCUGGCUGACAGUGAUGAGGAGUCAUCCAGUGCAGGCUCAUCAGAUGAGGAAGACUCCUCAGAACUCUCAAAUGAGUCAGCUGGAGCAGAGGGUUUCGUUGGAGGCCACAAACCGAGCAAGAUCAUGCGCUUUGUGGACAAGAUCGCCAAGUCCAAAUACUUUCAGAAAGCGACAGAGACGGAGUUUAUCAAAAAGAAGAUGGAGGAAGUGUCCAACACACCCCUCCUGCUCACAGUGGAAGUGCAGGAACUCCAAGGAACGCUAGCUGUCAAUAUACCCCCUCCACCCACUGACAGGAUAUGGUAUGGCUUUCGGAAGCCGCCUCACCUGGAACUGAAGGCACGACCUAAACUGGGAGAAAGAGAAGUCACUCUGGCUCAUGUUACAGACUGGAUAGAGAAAAAACUGGACCAGGAAUUUCAGAAAAUCUUUGUAAUGCCAAACAUGGACGAUGUGUGGCUGACUAUCAUGCACUCUGCCAUGGACCAGCGCACAUCAGGUGGACCCUUAGUCGGGCCCACAGUGGACCCAGAGCCUUCCCAGUCGGAGAGGGACAGCACCAGCCAGCCAUGAAGAAUGUUUACAGUAUUUCCUAGAGCUUAUUAAGUCUCAAAAUGGGAACUGGAGCCAAAGUCGAUAGGUCAGACGCUACUGUUAAACAAACACAUUCCCAUACUGAGUGGCUCUCUCACUUAUCGUAGUGAAGACAGUAUGAAUUUUAAAGGAACAAGGUAGAGUUAGCCAAGGAAACACUAAAGAUAAACUGUUGCAUGCUGCUCUGUUCAGUAGUAUUUUUUGUGUCUUUGAAGAGUUUAUAUAACAGUAAGAACCUACUGAAUAGGGACUAGGGAUAUGUGAAGAGUUAUAUUUGGCUCAGUAGUGUGGGUGGUUUCAGUUAAUAAGGGGAAUUUAUGGGGAUAUAGAAGUACACAAUGUCCUAUGAACACAUUAAUAUGGAAGCAUUCACCAGAUACCUUACAGCCUGCAGAUGACAAGUUUCAACUGAGGCCAGAGAGUGGCCACAGUAGCCCCUUUAGUUUAGACAUUCAGCAAGUGGAGAGUUUAAGUAUGAUAGUAUGUUGAAAUUAGAGGUGUUUUAUAGUAAAUGGUUAGUGUGUGGAGGAGAGUUGUUAGUUGUUUUAAGAAUUAAUAAAAUGUAAGAAGGUUAAAAAGUGUAUUUGAAAAGCUCAGAUACUUGAUGUUAUGUUUAUUUAUCAGAUGAGACAUUAAACCUUGAAGUGGCUUUAUGUCAGGGUUUUUGUUUUUUUUCCUUCAGGUGUUAACUAACAGUAUUCAUUCAUGCUGUGACCACACCCUGAACACCUCCCUUUAUUUGCCAAGACCCCACUUUUUAUGCCAAUGAUGCCCUUAUCCAUGUCUGUAUGGACAUAAUGCUCAAGUGCAAACAUACUGCAUAAUUUAGGAAAAGUGUCAUCCACAAUGUAAAUUCCAUACUAAUGACAAUACACAAUAAGUGCAAUGAUAGAAACGCUACAUAGGCUUAUGUGUGAUCUUGUGAAGAUAGUAUAUAAAAGCGUAUGUCUGAGAAGUACAAGGCCUCUAACACGUCUUUUGAAUGUAUGUUUGGAUAAUUUUGGUUCCUAAUGUUGUUAUAUGAGAACAGUUUUUUACCCAGUCACAUUUUGAUUGGGGUAUGCAAAUUAUUGCACAAACACAAGUGAAAGUUUCCUUUUUGGUUUCUUGUGAUAAACACUAUCUCAUCUUGCAUAUCUUUUUUUCCCAAAUGUGUCAUUCAAUCAUUAUGUUUAUGGAGUACCAGGUGGUAUAUUUAUCUAUACAUCAUUUAUACUUAAUGGUGUUGAUGUCAAUGAUGAUGAUAGUGUUGGAAGUUAAUUUAAAUGACCAACUUUAAUAUGUGACAGUGCUUUAAAAAUACUCUAUCGGCCAUACUGUAUGUAGACAGGCGCUUCAUUGUAGUUUGACACUUGGAUGAAGUUAAGGUACGUACUACAUAGCAGAGCAUCUGUUGCCAAGAAUGUAUAGCCUUACCUACAGGUUCCCUUUCUGAGAGCACCUUUUUAACCGUGACAUAUUUCUAAUGUUAACCAAAGUCCUUUGAUUGGGCCCACAGUGCCAGAUCUCUCUCUGCUCAAAGGUACACAUCCUGUAUUGAUAUAGCAUUGUGAGGUAAUAUUUACAAAUGCGCUACAAUACCUGCAUUAACAUUGUUUACAGGAAUUAAUACCUUGUUUUAUUUUUUGCUAUAUUAGGAUACUAAAGCACUGUAACAUGAAAUGGAUUUGUUCUAUAUGAUUGUCUUUCCCUUUAUGUCUUGGUUACUUUUUGUUGAGUAUUUGUUUUUGAAUGACUUCAUGAGGUGGGUUAUGGUUGUAUUUUUUUUGUCUAUUUCUUUGGUUAAACAGAAUGAAGAUUUUUGAGGAUAUAUGAAGAUCAUGUCGUGAUUUGUAUCUGUGAAUUAUUAAUGACUUUUUAAAAUUGACAUGUAAUUUUAAGGCCAAAUUCAGUGACUGUGUAUCUGCCUUAUUUAUAGAGCAAAAUAAAUAUGUCAGUGAAAGCC